GUAGUUAGGAUUACAGCUUGUUAAGACCUAAAGGUUUUGCCCAGGCUGGAUUUGGAUCCAGGUAUUCCUACUUCUGCCGCUGGAGUAGUUAGGAUUGCAGGCAGGUACCAGUUGCAUCUCCACUUUCCUAACUCGUGCCAGAAAUGGAUUUCAGUGGAUAUCUUUACAAUAUCGCAGAAGAACUGGUCAGUGAUGAGUUGGCCUCCCUCAAGUUUCUGAGCCUGGACCACAUCCCACAAAAGAAGCAGGAGCCCAUCAAGGAUGCCUUGACAUUAUUUGAGAUAUUGCAGGAGAAGGGAAUGUUGGAUGAUGACAAUCUGUUCUUCCUGAAGGAGCUGCUUUUCCAAAUUAGUAGAAUAGACCUCCUGCAAAAAUUUCUGGGCACAAAUAAGGAAAACAUGGAGAAGGAGCUCCAGACUCGAGGCAGGGCUCAGAUUUCUGCCUACAGGGUCAUGCUUUUUCAGAUUUCAGAGAAUGUAACCAUGCUGGAAUUGAAGGCUUUUAAGUUUUUGUUAAGCGAGAAGCUCCCCAAGUGUAAACUGAAUGAUGACAUGAGUUUGCUUGAUAUUUUUAUGGAGAUGGAGAAGAGGGCCCUUCUAGGGAAGAGAAAUUUAAAUACCCUGAAGGAAAUCUGUGAACAAAUCAAGAAGAGCCUACUGAUCAUAAUAAAUGAUUAUGAAUCAAAUAGAGAUGACAUGACAGAGGGAAGCAUGAGCCUUGAAAGAAGUCCAGAUUCGUUUUCGGAUGGGAAUGUGCCCAAUAGAAUGCCAGCAAUGCCAGGAUUUCCAGGAGAAGACAGCAAGUCAGAGACAUUGGACGACGUUUACCAAAUGAAAAACAAACCUCGAGGGUACUGUUUGAUCUUCAACAAUUACGAUUUUAGCAAGGCACGGAAGUUAUCUUCAUUUCAGCAAAUGAAGGAUAGGAAUGGAACAGAAUGGGAUGAAGAGUCUUUGACCCAGACCUUUAAGGAUCUUCAUUUUGAGACUGUACUUUUCAAAAAUUCCACAGCAGUGGAGAUCAAAAAGGCUCUGCAAUUCUACCAAAAUGCGGACCACGGUGAGAAGGAUUGCUUCAUCUGCUGUAUCCUGUCCCAUGGAGACAGGGGCAUUGUCUAUGGCACUGAUGGAAAGAAGGCCAACAUCUAUGACCUCAUUUCUUAUUUCACCAGUUCCAAUUGCCCUUCACUGGUUGGAAAACCGAAAAUCUUUUUUAUUCAAGCGUGUCAAGGGCAGAGCUAUCACAAAGCUGUACCCAUUGAGACUGACUCAGAGGACUUAGAACUAGACUUGGAAUGGCAAGAGAAAUACAUCCCUGAUGAGGCUGACUUUCUGCUGGGGAUGGCUACUGUGACAAACUGUGUAUCCUACCGAGAACCUAUGAAGGGGACGUGGUAUAUCCAAUCACUUUGCCAGAACCUGAGGGAAAUGUGUCCUCAAGGUGAUGAUAUCCUCACCAUCCUGACCAAAGUGAAUUACGAAGUGAGCGAGAAAACCGACAGGAAGAACAUGGGGAAACAGAUGCCUCAGCCUAUUUUCACACUAAGGAAAAAACUUUUUUUGCCUCCUAAUUGAUGCCAGCUCAGUGUUCAACACUAUACUUACUAAUUAAUGGCUAUUGCCAUUGCGCUUUUGUACUUUUUUUGGGGGGGUUGUAGGAAUAUGAAUCAGAACACUUCAGUUAUUUUAUGAUUUUGCAAAUACCUAUUUACUAUUAAAUAUAUUCAGAUAUGAUAUUAUUUUGUUUGUACUUUUUUUUUUUUUUGCCAGUCCUGGGGACUGAACUUAGGGCCUGGGCACUGUCCCUGAGCUUCUUUUGUUCAAGGUU